AUGUGGCGCGAAAGUGACGAUUAUCCUGUAACAUACGGAUUAGUUCAGUUUGGGCGAGAUUGUGGAUUUGGGGAACAUUCCGUUGCGACCGGAUUUGCAAAUCACCUUGAUUGGAUGAAAUCUGUGCUCUUACCUAAUCAUACCGAAACGAAUGGUGCGCCUCAGUUUUUGGAUGAUGCACUGCGAGAAGGUGAUAGAUGUAUAAGUGAUGACAACUACAGAAGAGAAGGACGUUGCGUUGCUGCUUCUAAAUGUCCACGGAAGUGGAAGCAAUUCUUAUCUACGGGAAAGGUUCAAUUUUGCUCUUCUAGCACAGUAAUUUGCUGUCCUCUGGACGACAUCGGAAGUGUACCUCAUAUUCAUCCGGAUAUUGCAUCUUGUCCAGAUGUAGUACGAAACAUCAGGUCAAAGAAAUCAGGCGGCUCAUUGGUUCAUAUUGCCUGGGUUCAAUAUAGGAACCUGCAGUACAGAUGUAUGGGCUCUAUACUAACAGGAAACUUAGUUUUGACGUCAGCCAGCUGUCUUGGAGAAGUUAAGCCGGAUGUUGUAAGACCAUUUUCAGACAAAAUUAACUAUUUGUUUCGAGUCAGUGCUAGCCUAAGGCACCAGGCGUACAAUACAAUCGAUAACAGCAAUGAUAUCGGACUUGUAGGUCUAAUAGACAGUUUCCUGUGGAGUCCAGAUGUGUAUCCAUCGUGUCUCUGGACAAAUAGCACCCACACUCCUUUAGUAUUGGACAUGGUUUUUCCAAGUAGAACUGCUAAUUCGGACUACAAACAAGUGCUGGCGAUGUACAAUUCGGACUGCCAGAGAACUAACGGUUACCAGUUGCCGGAAUCCCAGCUUUGUGUACGGAACAGCUUCGAAAAUCACACUUGUGUCGGUUUGCCGAGUGUACUGUACUGGAAACGGAGCGACGGGGUGGAGUAUGUCGUUGGCCUGUCGACACUUACUUACAGUGGAUUGGAGAUGUCCUUCGAUAGUGAAAGAGGCCAGUGGAAUUCCAUCUCGUAA